UUACCAGCUAUAUAAACCUCCAUGUUGCCUCUUGCUUUGACAUCAAAAUAAUUCUUUAAUUUGUGGUGCAUACAGGGUUUUCAGCUGCAAAAAACAAUGGCACCUUCUGAAAAUCUAGCUCCUGCAGGCAGGGCCAACACGGGAAAUGGAGGAGGAGCACCUAAUGGAGUAGAAAAGCAGCAGCGCUGUCAAUUUAAUGAAGUGGUCCUGAGGAACAGGCUGACUGCCCUUCUUGUUGAUGGUAACAGGUUUUGUCGGACGAUCGAGCAAGGACUUCUUCGCGCUUAUGGAGUUGAAACCCUAGCUGUAGACAAUGGCAGGGCUGCGGUUGAGCUCAUUGCCUCGGGGGUAAAAUUCAAUCUCAUUGUCAUUGACAUGCUUCUUCCUAUCCUGAAUGGCCUUGAGGCCACAAGGCAGAUUCGUGCCAUGGGGGUGCGUUGCAAAAUGCUGGGAGUCACUGCUUGCUCCUAUGAGAGAGAAAGGGAAGCAUUUCUGGCUGCUGGGGUUGAUGUGUUCAUUGAGAAACCCCUCAGUCCCGAGAUUUUGGUACCUAUCCUGAGGGAGCUAGAUGGGCAGUGAGGAUGGCAACGGAAGACACAAUCCCUCGGAUCAGAGAACUUUCAUGUGGUUGUUGGCUGCCCAAUAAAAAUCUUACCAGCUUUAAUGUAUUUAGCUGUUUUUUAUUACCUUCGAGCGUCGUGAGUUUUGUGUUGUCUAGCGUUUUUAAUAGCUGUCGUGUGUCGCUAUGUAAUGUACCAGUAAUUACAAGAAUAAGAUUGUCCUCUAUUAUUGCUUCAUUUUCCUCACAAAAUGGCUUGAUUCAACCAUUCCUAUCUCUGUUUCCUAUGCUUAUCUUUAUCUUAAACAAAUUUUUUUUUUUUAAGAACGAAAUGCCAUCAAAUGACAAGUCAUUGGCUUUACUACGAGUUUUAUAGCCAUUGUAAUCAA